AUGGCGAUGGCACUGCAGCUCUCGACGUUCGUAACCCAAUACCUCGCAUCAGGCACGCACACCAACCCGACCAAAUCCACGAACGCCCUCCGCAUGGGCAUCCUGUCGACGGCGAUGAUCAACCCCGCGGCACUGAUCCACCCAGCGGAAACCCACGGUGGUGUAGUGAUCCACGGCGUCGCCUCUCGCGACCUAUCCAGCGCGGAGUCCUACGCAAAGAAGUACUCCAUCCCGCACGCGUACGGCAGCUACUCUGCGCUGCUGUCCGAUCCAGCGAUCGAGGCGGUUUACAUCUCGCUGCCGAACGGGAUGCACUGCGAGUGGGCGGUGAGAGCGCUCGAGGCCGGGAAGCACGUACUGCUCGAGAAGCCGGUGGCCGCGAAUGCAGACGAGGCGAGGGUGGUCUUUGAGACGGCACGCAGGUGUGAAAGGGUCUGUGUAGAGGCGUUUCAUUGGAGGUUUCAUCCGGCUGCGCAUGUCGUCGAUGCAAUUGUUGCGAGUGGAAGGUACGGUGAGGUCAGGAAGACGAGCGCAAGGAUGACUACGCCAUCCGGAAGCCUGCCUAUGAGUGAUAUCAGGUGGAAUUAUGAGCUUGCUGGAGGUGCACUGAUGGACAUGACGUACGUCCUCUCGUCGACGCGGUACUUCCUGCACCAGCCGCAGCUCGACGAAGUGCUCGAAGCGACUUCCGUGCCCUCUCCCGAAGACAGCCGGGUAGACCAAUCGACGACUGCGACGCUGCGGUUCAGCAGCAGCCUCUCCAGCACCCCCAUCACAUCCACGAUCUACGCCGACAUGGCCCGCAGCAACAGCUUCUGGGUGAUCCCGCGGCUCUGGGAGCUCCCCUCGAUCUCCAUCGAGUGCGAGGAAGCUACCAUCUACUUCUACAACUUCAUGAUGCCGCAUCUGUACCACUACAUCGCCAUCACGGAUAAGGCGGGAAAUACUAGCUACCAGAAACACUACUGCUUUGGUCCCAAGUGGGGUGUCAGGGGAGAGAGCUGGUGGAGCACCUAUCGAUACCAGCUCGAGGCUUUUGUCGAUAAGGUGCAGGGAAGGGAGCCGGUUUGUUGGGUCGACCCAGAGGAUAGUGUGCAGCAAAUGGAGGCGAUCGAUAAGGUAUACGAGGCAACCGGGUUGGGGAAGAGGAAAGGGACCCAGGAGCUUGUGGGUAGUGGGGAGGAAUAG